AUGUUGCUUAUGAAGACUGCAGUCUCGGCAAUCGCCUUAUCUUUGCCAACCUUAGCUCAUGGCUCGCCAUCGCCUACUUCUAUCAACGGCCAGCCUCUGCCGGACCGGUGGCACCAGAUCGAUCUCGUUGAUGCGAGCGGUGUCGAGUAUCCAGAGUACGCUCAGUCACUCGUAAUGGGUCUAACUGGCAAUACCACCGAUGUUGAUCUUCAGAAGCGCCGUCCAGAUGAUGUCUGCAGGUACAUCAUUACGGCAAAUGCCUGUCUGGGUAUUGGAAGCUAUGUGGUUGGUUGGGCGAAGAGCAUGGCACAGAUCAUCAAGGAUCUCUCGAAUAGCCAUGAUUGUGGUGUCAUCGACGGCACUUACCGUGAUAUCAGAUACGUGUUUUAUGCUUCGGGCCGCAACUGCGAUACCACUUCCCAGCAAGACACUAUUGCAGGUGCGAUCAACAAGUAUAUGCACAAGGUUGAUAACGGAAAUCUAUGCCACACUGAAUGCUUGCGCAUUACGCACGGUGGUACCUACAGUGGAUGGCUCAAGGUCGGACCCAAGAACAGCUUCAAGGAAAAUGCCUAUUGUGGCACCCACUUGAACUUUGAUCAUUGUAUCUCGGGCGGCAAUAAUGAUAUCUGA